AUGUACACAGGCCAUGAGCCGCUGUUGAGCACAGCCUGUUGGGCAGUCCGCAGUUUGCAGCCUCAAAUUUCAGCAGCACUGCAGUGGCAUGAUUAUAUUAUUAAAACUUUUGGUGGUAACAGUGAUGAGGACAAUAAAGAUCUUGUGAUAGUAAAAAAGCCUGCAACAGAGCUUACUGAGAACACAUCUUCCACCGGUGGCAUGUUGACCAUGCAACCACAUUUUUAAGGUGGCAGUGAUAAUCAUCAGCCACCAUCCCAAAUGUCAAAUGGAGUUGGAGGUUUACCAGGGUUAGGUAACCAACCAGUUUCACAAAUGAAUCAUCCAGGAAAUUUAAGAAGAAACAACCCCAACUCAGCGGGUGUGGAGUUUACCCCAUUGAACAAAAGAGGACGAUCAUCUGUUUCAAUGAAGAAUAACGUGGUGAGAAACACAUCUGGAAUUUUUGAUAAAGAAAAACAUCGAAAUCAACUUUUGAAACUGAAACACUAUUGCGAGGGUUUGCAAGGCCUUAUUCAAAACACGAAUAAGCAGGUUGCUCAGCUUUGUCGAAUCAUUUCAAAAAUGCAAAGUACUGAGGAGGAAGAAUCCUUGCCAAACCAGGCAAUACCUACAGCAGAAGAACAAAGUCUGGCCAACACCCCUGAGAUGAUGGGAAAUCACAGCAUGGACCCAGACACUGCCUCAUCAUCUGUCCACAUCCAUCCUAAUUUGGAAAUGGUCAAAGCAGAAACCAACCAGAGAGAGAACAUUCAGAUGAUGAGUAAUGCACCACUACUGGGAAAUAACAAUGGUCAAGAUCGUCCACGUGUCGUCAUGCAUUGUAAUGUUGACUCUAACACAGAAGUGAGGUCUGAGACAGUGAUUUCUGCAACUUCAACAGUGGAAAAUGGCAGUGCACAAGAUACAAAAUCUUUCGUCAUCACUCCUAGUUAUGCACUUUUGCCUUUUGGUGUAAUUGUAAAAGCAAAUGGCAUGGGAAAUAGCAAUGGAACAAUGAUUUCCCCAACUGUAUUGAAAAAUGACAAUAGCCACGGUUCUUCCUUAUCACCUGACUCCAUCUCUUUACAUAUUGGAUAUCUUGGUAAUCCAGAAAGAAAUGUCAUAAUUCUUAAGAUGCAUUUGAUGAACGCACAAAGAAAGCCUGAACCUAAGCAUGCAGCCCGCUACUUGGCUCGUGUUUUGUUCUCCAAGGAAGUCCUGGUUUGCAGCUCAGUAGGUACCAAUCCAUACCAAGCAAAUCUUAGAAACCGCCAACCCCUAGAUCCAAACAAGUUGGCUGCGAUAAGAGAGUUUCUGGCAACAAUUUUUCCCAACCGUGAUCUGCGUGAAAACGGAAAAGAGUGGAGAACCUGUCUUAGCUAUAUCAAUGCUCUGAUCCGCUAUUUAGGAUCUACAAUCAGAGGGACACCAGAAAUUGUUGUCACCACCAACCCCAAUAUACCAGCAUUUGCAAAUUUGAACAAUAAUAGGUAUGGUGAUGGUGGUGAAGGUAGUUCCCAGUUAUCGCAGCAAGCAGCUGUCUCAGAAGCAAGAGCAAGGGCAAAUUAUCAGCCAAGCAGCAGCGCUGUCCCUGAAGGAGCUGAAAAACCUUCCACUAGUGGUUUACCCAUACCUUGUGGAGCGCUGGAUUAUAUUGGAAACCCAAGUAGAAAUAUAAAGUUAUCACAUUCAGUACUGAUGGUGGCAAAAAGGAAGGCUUCCCCAGAGAUGUCAGCCACAUACCUUAUGAGCCACCUGUUUCCAGAGGAAGUCCUACUAAAAAGUGAUGUCUGUGGCAAUCUGUGGCAUGGCAUAUGUGCCGUUAACCUCAAUAAGAUCAAUGCUCUCCGAGAAUUUCUCCAAGACGUCUUCCCAAAAUGUGAUCUAUCAGAAAAUGGACGUGACUGGAAGUUGUGUAUGCAGUCUAUCAAUUGCCACAACGGUAGUUGUAGAGGUGGACACGGGAAUUUGACAUGUGAAUCACUGCCAUCCGAAGUGAUAGCUACUACAAUAAAGUCGGAGUCAAGUGAUACCGACUAUAGUGAUUAA